AUUCAUUUCGCCGGGACAGCAUGCUUCAUAUGAUGUUUCCUCUCCGUGCUCUGGCCGUAGCCGUGUUGUUGCGAGCGACUGCCGCCAUCAAGAUCGUGGAGGACGGGGACAGAGACGGGCCCGAGCAGAUUUCGGGGGAGAGCGCGGCCGUGUGGCGCAAGAUCAUGGAGGCCAGCGCCAAUGUAAUGCAGCACCAGCGCCACGCAGAGGAGGCGGCCCAGGCUGCCGCGGAGGCCAGGGCGGUCGACGAUUCGGCGUGGGAUGCAGCAGCGGCAAAGGCCGCAGCAGAUGCCAGGGCCGCAGAGCAGGCGGCGAAGGCGUUCGCGGAUGCCAAGGCUACCGAGAAGGCUGCCGCGGAGGCCACGGCGGCAGAGGAGGCGGCGAAGGCUGCCGCGGAGGCCAAAGCUGCAGACGAGGCCGCCAAUGUUGCUUCAGAGGCCAGUGCAGCGGAACAGGCUGCGAAAGCUGCCGAGGAUGCCAAAGCCGAAGAGGAGGCGGCGAAGGCUGCCACGGAGGCCGAGGCGGCCAAGGAGGCGGCGAGGAAUGCCGCAGCGUCGAAGGCUGUACCGGAUGCCAGGACCGCAGACGACAAGGCGAAGGCUUUGGCGGAGGCCGAGGUUGCCGAGAGGGUUGCCGCGGCGGCCAAGGCGGCAAAGGAGGCGGCUAAGGCCGCCGCAGAGGCUGAGACGGCCAUGGUAGCGGCGAGAAAGGCCGCAGCGGCAAAGGCUGCAGCGGCGGUCAAGGCCGCAGAGGAGGCGGCUGAGGCUCUCGCGGAGGCCGAGGCUGCCGAGGAGGCUGCCGCGGAGGCCACGGCGGCAGAGGAGGCGGCGAAGGCUGCCGCGGAGGCCAAAGUUGCAGACGAGGCCGCCAAUGUUGCUUCAGAGGCCAGUGCAGCGGAACAGGCUGCGAAAGCUGCCGAGGAUGCCAAAGCCGAAGAGGAGGCGGCGAAGGCUGCCACGGAGGCCGAGGCGGCCAAGGAGGCGGCGAGGAAUGCCGCAGCAUCGAAGGCUGUACCGGAUGCCAGGACCGCAGACGACAAGGCGAAGGCUUUGGCGGAGGCCGAGGUUGCCGAGAGGGUUGCCGCGGCGGCCAAGGCGGCAAAGGAGGCGGCGAAGGCCGCCGCAGAGGCUGAGACGGCCAUGGUAGCGGCGAGAAAGGCCGCAGCGGCAAAGGCUGCAGCGGCGGUCAAGGCCGCAGAGGAGGCGGCUGAGGCUCUCGCGGAGGCCGAGGCUGCCGAGGAGGCUGCCGCGAAAGCCACAGCUGCAGAGGAGGCGGCGAAGGCUGCAGCGCCGCCAGCGCCAGCGCCGAUCGUGGAGGACCGCCAUGAUAAGGGGCGGCCACAGCCGUCUCCUCCGCCGACAGCGCCCCCGACAUCGGAGCCGACACCGCAGCCCACACCCGAGCCAACAUUCAAAUUUGAGGCGCCAGGAGUCCCUUGCGCAUGUCACGUGCCAGAAUGCUUCCACAGGUACGACCUCAAUGGGGAUGGUUGCCUUACUCAAAACGAGUGCGACUUGCAGAUGCCCAUCUUGGAAUACUGUUUCAUGGUACCCGCAACCUGCGGGCCAGAGAAGUGGGACUUGGAUGAUGACGCUUGCAUCAACCAGACCGAGUUCGAAAUGGUUUACGUGAUUAACCAAUCAGUCUGUCCGGUGGAUGUCCCCGAGCCGUGCGACGAGUGCCCUCAGGGCAAGUACAUUGUCCCGAACCCCUGCGAGUGCGUCGACUGCAUUGGCGAAACGCGCAGGCGCCGAUCCUUAGAGUGCACUUCCUGCCCGGCUCCCUUCGUGCCCUGCCAGGACCCCGACGCAGACGAUUGUUGCGAUCCUUACAUCCCAGGUGCAUCAAACCUCCCAAACGGAAGCACUACGAUUCCUGUGCAUGUCGCGUAUCAAACAUGUACUGAGUUCUCACUGGGCGACAGUAUCACCAUCUCUGGAAAAUUAUCGAGUGACCCGUCCACAGUUGUCACACAUUCAACAGUCGUCAUUGGGAUCUCUCCUAUUACUGGGGGAUACGAACUCGAUCUUAACGACCCGCUCCCUGGAAACUUUCAAUAUGACACGACAGUUCAGCAGGCCUGCACAUCCACUGACGGGACUCAGGUGAGCGGCGCAUUCUCUCCCUUCGCUGAUGGUUGUUGCUGCGCAUGCGGCACUGAUUGCUGCGAGACCACCGAGGUGUGCACACUUUACCCCAACGGCACCGGUGAGUGCUCCAAUGCUGGCCCGUACCCCGAAUUCUCGACUCCAGCCCCGACCGUCGGGGCCAAGGGCGACCCGCAUUUGGUCAACCUUCAAGGAGAGCACUUCGAUAUCAACCACGAAGGCACGUUCACACUGCUCCGUUUCCCGCAGGCUGUGGAGAAGGCGGCCGAGUUCUCUUUCCAAGCAGUCGUCCAGCCGGACGUGGGGAAGCCGUGCACCACGUACAUCACGCACGUGGAGCUCUCGGGCGCCUGGCUUGGCGAUAAGGCCGUGGAGAUUCGCUGCUACCGCAAGUCGCAUUCGAAUGACACCGACACGUUCCUCGGUGCGCGGCUGCUCGAGGGCAAGGGUGAGUUCCCCUGGCAGACCAUCGAGGAAUUGGAGACGAAGGACCUUGUGCUCUCCGACUCGGAAUCGGACAUCGAGGUUUCGCUAGACAAGGCGACCUGGUUCCCCAAGAAGCGCUCAAAGGCGGGGCCGACUGCGGCUGGUAUGUUCACCCUCUCCCUGCGCCACAAAAAGAGCCCGACUGGCGCCAAGAUCACCAUUCGCCAGGACUUGCCCGAGCAGGAGCACCUCAACGUGGCUGUGCGGCAGCUAUCCCAACUUGGCCGCGUGGAUGUCGGCGGCCUGCUCGGCUUCGACGCACACCCAGAGAGCCUGGAGCGCCCCUCUGCCGCGUGCGUCCAUCACAGGGCCACGGCGCGCUACCGCAUCGAGAGUCAGGACGACGCGGACCACGGCUACUACUUCCGGCCCGCGUGGAAGGACCGUUGGGACAAGGCUCGUACGGGGGGUCGCUCGCGGGACAACGAGGCGGCCGCCAGCUUGAUGGGCAGAUUCGAUGGCAAGAGCGGCCUGGGCCUGGACAACAAGAUGUGCAAGUGCCCGAGUGCUCCACACGGCAGCGCCACUGGCAGCAUCGAAGGAGUACUCGUCGAAGAGGCGAGCUUCAUGUUCGGCAAGGCGUCUUGGGACUAGCUCGCACCUCUGAGCCGCGUCGCUCCGGCAUGGACGUGUGCUGCCGACGGCACCCUACCUCGUCCUAUCUCCUGCCUCCUUCCUCACCCCCCCCCUCCUCUAUCUUGCCAGCCGAUCCCGUCUACCCCGCCACUGACGACAGUGAGCUGGUGAGCAGGUGCUCGCCCGAAGAUCCCCUCGAAUGCAGGUCAGUUCUGCUUGUCUCGCAGCGGCCAAUCCGCAGGGCAUAGAUAUCUUAACAUCCUUUGGGUGAUAAGGAGGUUGUGGGGAGAGUGGCAUCAUCUUUGAUCCUUCUUUUUGGCAACGGCCCAUGCACGCAGCUUCGCCUCGCGCGCACGACACGAACAGGAAACCGAAACACAUUUCUCGAUGAGGGGUCUCCGUUUCGCGUCAAUCUUACCUUCCAUCCGAUACGUGUGUGAUACCUUGUAGGCAUGUCAUCGCGACGUGAACGUGCCGUGUGACCGCGUGUGCUCCGCUCGGUGGCGUGACAGCACGUGCACCUUGUUUAUUUCCCGAAGCUCGGCUGUUCAAUAUCAUCGUGUUUUACGUGUUCGCACCCUGGUCGCACGUUUAUUUUUGGCCAUGUGCUUGGCCGAGGGUAUCUUCGGCAGGAGCAGGAGAAGUGCCAGCGCUGCGGUGAUGAUUCCUGCGGGCUGGCAAAGAUGCGCAGUCUGGUAUAUGUUUGCUUUUGGUGCGGUCGCUUUUGCAAUGGUUGGAUUCCCAGCAGGAGUAUGGUAUAUCGCGUCCCGCUGCACUGACAAAGUGCGUAGGAUGAGCAGGAGG